UUUCAAUGUAAAGUUUGGUUUGGUUUUGAUGUAUUGAGUGUUUUUGUGUCACAUUUUUGGUACCAAAAUAAUCACGUGUUAUAUAACAGGCAUUUAGUGUUUGAAUGCAAACAUUGAAAGCAUUGAAAACUAAAUUUAUUUAACUGUCAGUGAAUUAUACAUUUGAUGUAUUGUUGACCACAAACUCAUCGCUUAUAUUAAAGGCAAAUACAAAUUAUCACUCAUUUCAUACAUCAUCUGAUAAUUGGUAAUCAAUGUCUGAGCGAACAGUGUUUGUAUUGGAUGUGUCGGGCAGUAUGUCGGGCGCGAAGUGCCAGACCCUGCACUUAGAGACCGUGCGCUUCAUUAACCGCAUCAGUGAUGGUAAUUAUGUGGGUAUUGUGUUGUUUGACGAUAAAGUGUGGACCGCGUAUGCGGUGACCAAAAUCACGGGUCCGUCCGUUAGGCAAAGCAUUGUCGCUGCCGUUCCAGCGAUGGCCAGAGGGAGCACUGAUAUCAGCGGCGGACUUAUGGUGGGGUUGAAGGCGUUGAGACGCGCCGGUGUGGACACCAAUGGCGCGAAGAUAUUUCUGGCCACCGAUGGCGGCCAUAAUAAGGGUAAACUCGACUAUGUGGGCCGUGUUUUACCACAUUUGAUUAGUGCAAAGGUAAAAGUGUAUUGUUUGGCAAUCGGUGUGAGCGCUGAUCACAAUCUGGAAAAGCUGUCGACAGCAACCGGGGGUCAGGUCUUCAACUUGAGUCGAGUGGACGCCGAGAGCCGCGAAAUGAUGGCCCGCGUAAUGGAGGCCGCGAUGAAAGAAGUCAUUACGAGUAAAGAGAUGGCAGAAGUGGUCACUCAUACUGUUGUCAACGAAGUUGUUCUCAUUGGUGACAACACCCGCACCGGUCGUAACAGUUAUGAGACUCGAGUGCCCAUUGAGGCCGACAUCGGACGCAACACUCAAAUCCAUGUCCGCUCCGAAGCCAUCAAUGAUCUCGUGGUGGAGAUCAUCGGCCCGUCGGUUGCUGUCUAUAGCACUACCGGCGGAGAGAUUACCAAACGAUUGGAUCUGAAAGAGUGCGUCCUUUUCAUGGACUCGACUGAAUCGGGUCUUUGGGCUAUUAAAUUGAAGACACAAACAUCGGGCACAGUUAGGGCCCAUUUAGUGGUUGAAAGCAAUCCCACCGGCGCUCAAGCCAUUGAAUUGCAAGUGUUUUUACGCGCAUCUGAAGGCAACUGUCCACCUAUAAUCUCUUGUAAACUAUGUAAAGGCGAUGACCCGAUUGUGGGCGCUAUAGUGACCGCAACAGUGGACAGACCGGGCGGUACUCAGAUUGACCUCCCGUUAAACAUGUAUCACAAAGAGGGCUACUAUUACACCAUUUUUACCGACUAUAGCGGCGCCGGCAGGUAUAAUGUUAGCGCACUGGCUGUUAACGAUGAGAAUAAUACGACUUACCAUGGCGCACCCGUCGGGCAAUUCCGUCGCCAACGGGUGGCCAACAGUUUUCAAGUGAUGGCCGACUCUAUGCCCACUCAGUCGCCCUUUUGUGACCACUUUUCCCAACUGUUGCUUAGCAACCAAUUCGGGUCAAUGCGUAUAAGCAAUAGCACCCAAACGGGAGCACCAGUGGGUCCGGCGCCCAAAAGGUCGGGUUCUUCGCUGGACAGCAAAGUAGUUCUCUUGAGCUCUAAAAUGCGAUCACUUAAGAGUCGUUUGGCGUCUAAUUAUUAUCGCACAAAAGUGGCGGUCAAUGGACUACAGGUGUCCGCGAGUGAGAAGUCGGGUCUCAUGAAUCGGUUGACCACUUUUGAACGCUUCUUAACCUCUGUUCGCGAGACUUCCACCGAAGAGAUCGAUAGAUAUCAACACACUUUGGAUGAAGUGAACGAUGAGGUUAUGGCCCGAAAACAUAUGAUAAAGGAUUUAGUUUAAAGGUCUAUAAAUUGUUGUAUUAAAUGUCUGUAAUUCACAUUUUAAAUUA